AUGGCUCGUCCAUUUUUUGUGCAUCGCCACCUAUCAGGCAUCCCCCAAGCAGUCGCCUAUGCCGCAGCAAGCCUCCUCCUGUGCGCCUUCGCGCUCUUCCUGUGCGCUUCUCACUCGCUCAAGUGGCGUCGCUGGAGACCCUGCUACGGCCGUGGCUGCAACCACGAUCCCGUCAUACAACUCAACAACGAAGCGAUGGUUGCCGGGUUCCACUUUGGCAAUGGCGAAGGAAGCAUGCCGAGCAGCGAGCUGUCGGUUUGGCAGAGGAACAUUCUCAUGGGUGGCAAGUGCCAGCUCCCGGAUUUUUCUGGGGUCAUCAUAUAUGAUGCUGCCGGGAAUGUUGCUUCACCGGCCAAGCCUUCCAGGGCUCUCACCUGGAAAUGA